AAAUUAUACUGUGCAGGUGCAGCAGGCUAGCAGGCUCUUUUAACAACAUAAUGUGUAAUAAUACUCUCGUACGUCUUUUACUCGCUUGAAGUAACAUAAUAGUGCGAAAAAUGGAUUCAAUAUUCAUCCGCACCAAUCAUUCCUCGAGGUCUGAUUGCAAAAGUGAUGAUGAGAAGUAUAGUUACGAUAAAGAGACAAGCAGUAAGUACCCUUUUGUGAGUGCUCUAAGCAUGAGCCGGGGAGAUGGAGACAACAGUUACUCCACCAAUUCUCUUCUUCAGAAAAGAGUUUUAUCAAGGACCAAAACAGUUUUGGUAGAAAACACCAGAGAAAUGCUGACAAACUUGGACUUUCCUAAAUGCAUUAAAGUUGCCGAUUUGGGCUGUUCUUCGGGACAAAACACAUUUUUGGCGAUGUCUGAGAUCGUUAAUACAAUCUAUGCGUUAUGUAAAGAGUGGAACAAAAACCCACCAGAGAUAGAUUGUUGUCUAAACGAUCUUCCUAGUAACGAUUUCAACACAACUUUCAAGUUCAUAACUUCCUUCAACAAGAAGCUCACAAGAGAAGGAUCAUGCUUCAUCUCUGGAGUACCUGGUUCCUUCUACUCGAGGCUAUUUCCUCUCAAGAGUCUCCAUCUCGUACAUUCAAUUUACAGUAUUCAUUUUCUCUCCAAGGUUCCGGAAGGACUAGAGACGAACAAGAUGAGUGUGUACAUAACAAGUUCAAGUCCUCUAAGUGAAUACAAGGCUUACUUGAAUCAAUUCCAAAAAGAUUUUAAGACAUUUCUGAGAAUGCGUUCUGAAGAGAUGGUAUCUAGUGGACGCAUGGUUCUCACGUUAAUCGGCAGAAAUACUCUUGAUGAUCCGUUGUAUAGGGAUUGCUGUCAUUUUUGGACACUGUUAUCCCAGUCUCUCCACGACCUAGUUCUUGAGGGAACUUUGAGUGACUCGAAGGUGAGUUCGUUCAAGAUGCCAUUUUAUGAUCCGAGCAUAGAAGAAGUGACAGAUCUUAUAAGAAAAGAGGGUUCCUUCGAAAUAAACGACUUGGAGACACAUGGAUUUGAUCUCGGUCAUAGUGUCGAAAACUGUAGCAUGCAAUCAUAUGGAGUUAAAGCAGGGCAAAAAGAGGCUAGUUGCAUAAGAGCAGUGACUGAAACGAUGCUCGUUGCUCAUUUUGGAGAUGACAUUAAUAUCGAUACAUUGUUUAAAAAGUAUGCGCUUCGUGUGUCUCAGCAUGCAAGCUGUAAGAUCAAGACGAGUGUCUCUCUAGUCGUUUCAUUGAUCCGGAAAUAACUUUUGCUAUGUAUUGAUGAUUAAUUUGUGUGUGUGUGUCAUAUUCAGUGUCAGAUAUAUACUCAUUGGCUUGUAAUUUAUGUCAUAUAUUGUUUAUUGUUGUUUUAUUUUGUAAAUUUCGAUUUGUGAACGUGCGACCAUGAAAUAGACACGAGACUAAGAAGAGGCUC